GCUCACAAUGUAAUAGAGUUUUAGCGCAGUCUUGCUUUUUCAUAGGCGUGUGUCAACUGUGUGUGCCAAGGGGUGCUCCGCUCUUACCAAUGCGAUUAAUGAACACAACGAACCAAUUGAGGGAACACUAAACAAACACCCUGUUUUUCCGUUUCGUCUGUUUUCAUACGGACGAGCUGCGCGUCUGCAAGGAAUCAAGCCUAGCACAAAGGAGAACUAAAAAAGGAAGCAAAGGUCGGUUGUGGAAUGUCACAACUUUCUUAAGCGAUCCAGCACUUUACCCUCAGUUUAAUCACCUGACUGCAGUCCUGCUGUCUGAUUGGAUCAUCUUUUGAGGUGGAGGGCGAACCAACUGUAGGCUAAAGCUGUGAAAAUCCAGAAAGUGUAGGAUCUCGAGUGAGAAUCUCUUUGGUCUUGCCAUCGUGUUGCCAUCUACCCUCUUGAACACCAGUGAGAGACAAAGCUUUUCCACCACUGCUCCUCUCCUGAAAGGAUAACAGUGGUGUUCAGUCUACUCUGGGUCAUGCUGUGUGGCUGACUUUUAUGCUCUAGCUGAAAUGAGGUUGGUGAUUUUGGGGUUGCGGCCCCUCUUGGCCUUGACCCUCACGCUCACCCUCACCUGCCUAAAACAUCUGUGCCAUGGUGCAACGCCCUUCCCUCAGGACCUGGAGCCCAUCAGCACCGUCGGUAGUGAACGCACCUACCUGUAUCCCAGUUUCCAGGGGAACAUGUCAGAUAACGACACCGCCAGACUGGGGCUGGAUUUUCAGAGGAUGCUGCGGAUUAAUCACAUGGUCUACAUUGCUGCAAGAGAUCACGUUUUUGCCAUUAACCUCAGUGCUUCAGCGGAGCAUAUCUUCCCCCAACAGAAACUGACAUGGAAGACAAAGGAUGUGGAGAAAUGCACAGUCAGGGGGAAAAACAGCGAUGAAUGUUACAACUACAUCAAAGUGCUGGUGCCACGUAACGAUGAAACUCUCUUUGCAUGUGGAACCAAUGCGUUCAACCCAACAUGUCGCAACUACAAGAUGUCGUCUUUGGAGCAGGACGGAGAGGAGGUGGUCGGUCAAGCCCGUUGCCCUUUCGAAUCCCGCCAGUCCAACGUUGGCCUGUUUGCCGGCGGUGACUUUUAUUCAGCCACAAUGACAGAUUUUCUAGCAAGUGAUGCAGUGAUUUACCGAAGUUUAGGAGAAAGUAGUCCUGUCCUGCGUACCGUAAAAUACGACUCAAAAUGGCUUCGAGAGCCUCAUUUUCUUCAUGCCAUUGAGUACGGGAACUACAUCUACUUCUUCCUCAGUGAGAUUGCAGUAGAGUACACCACCCUUGGCAAGGUGGUGUUCUCUCGGGUCGCUCGUGUGUGUAAGAAUGAUAAUGGCGGCUCUCCAAGGGUUCUAGAGCGCUACUGGACGUCUUUCCUGAAAGCCCGGUUAAACUGUUCGGUUCCGGGCGAUUCAUUUUUCUACUUUGACGUUCUUCAGUCAUUAACCAAUGUCAUGCAGAUCAACCACAGGCCUGCGGUGUUAAGCGUCUUUACCACUCAAGCCAACAGCAUCACCGGUUCUGCCGUAUGUGCGUUCUACAUGGAUGACAUAGAGAAAGCGUUUAAUGGAAAGUUUAAGGAGCAGCGAAACAGCGAGUUGGCCUGGACGCCAGUUCCUGAUGAAAUGGUGCCCAAACCACGGCCGGGGUCCUGUGCUGGUGAUGGCCCUGCUGCUGGUUAUAAGUCCUCCACAGAUUUCCCUGAUGAAACUCUUACAUUCAUUAAGUCUUAUCCACUAAUGGAUGAGGCCAUACCGUCUGUCAACAACCGACCCUGCUUCACACGAACCACUAGCAGGUUCAAGCUGACCCAGAUCGCUGUGGACACAGCAGCUGGCCCAUAUAAGAACUACACGGUUCUGUUUCUGGGUUCAGAAAAUGGACGAGUUCUGAAGAUUCUCGCCAGCAUGCACCCAAACUCCACCUACAGCACGCAGGUUUUGGAGGACAUAGAUGUUUACAACCCCAACAUGUGUAAUGUACGUGGUGAGGACCGAAGGAUUUUGGGAUUGGAGUUGGACAAGGACCAUCAUGCCCUGUUUGUGGCGUUCUCAAGUUGCGUGAUCCGUGUUCCACUCAGUCGCUGUUCUAACUACGACGACUGCAAAAAGAGCUGUCUGUCCUCGCGAGACCCUUACUGCAUCUGGCUGAGUGUGGGGAACUGUGCCACAGUGGCACCGGGAUUCAAGUCUGGAUUUGAGCAGUAUGUGGAGAAUGGAUAUCCUCAGUACCCAGACAGCUGUCAUGAUGUCUUGGCCACGACUCGCAAGCAGAACCCUGCGGUGGACUCUGCAUACGGAAAGACCUCACCCACAAGCGCCAGCACAACCAAUCAGGGACCAGCUCUGCCUAAAGUCAAGGGUGCCUCUGAGACAGGUAUCCGCCCCGAGGAGGGGAGGCGGGGAGGGCAGGGUUCUCCUGACUUGAAGCCAGGCAGUGUGGAGAUGGAGGGAGUGCGCCAACCCCCUGAGGUAGAUAAGUCCAACCACAGUGUUCACUACACUCUGCUCAUUGCGUGUGUCCUGGUGGCGUUUGUCCUGGGAGCUUUCCUCUCCGGAUUCCUCGUUUCCUGUUACUGCAACCACAACGUGAACAAGACCAAAAGGCUGUCGAAAGAUCUAGAAGCACCAAUCCCGCAUGCUCUAUCCUUGCGCAGCCUGGCCAAGCUAAAUGGCUUGCUGGAGAGCCAAAACAAGGACGAGAAGCUGGAGGUAUCCUCCCCCAAACUCUAUAACUCUUUCUUUGCGAAUGGAAAAGAGCAGGCGCAUCGCAGGAAUGGCCAUCAUGCUGCCAUGACAGAACUCAUUCACCCACAUCAUCACCACUCCACAGAGCUCUCUGGCCUUCCGACGCCUGAUUCGACACCAGAGCUCCCGAUCAAGAGUAUGAAGGCCUUCAAGAACCAAUGGGAGAAGAAUCAAAACUGCAAUAACGCUAAAGAACCCAAGUCCCAUAACAUGGGAGCAUCUCGGCCGACCACUGGGAUGCAGCAUCAGAUUUUCCCCUUCUCCCAAGGACUGACCAGCGGACAAGUACUAGGUACCUCAGCACACAUGGAGGAACGCAAAGUCUACAAUGCGGAGCGUGUGGCAAGCCAGCCGUAUCACUGCUACCCGCACAAGAUUGUGGAUGUCACCUCGCUUGAUGAGCUUCUGCAACACAUUCACGAAAUUAAUGUGGCUACGGGCAAGAGUCCCACUGUCCUCACCUCGUCCAUGUCAGCCAACGCUGGUCAGAUGGCGUUUGCAAACCGCGUACAGCCGCAGAUCCCAGAAACGGAGUCUGCGCCGUACUAUAGUUCCUCCACUCUUCCUCGGGACAGUCUUACUCGCCGCAUGGAUGUCCCACCAGAGAUUCCUCAUCAUCAUCAAUCCACUGUGGAGAGAGUGUCCCGUCACCAGUUUCAACGCCACUCUUUGAUUACCACUCCCAAGAUGCCCAGUGGGGGCGUAGUGCCACGGCAGCACAGCUUCAACCAACGUAGCGCCCAUCAGCCCCUGCUGCUCUCCCGAAUGAACUCUAACGGCAGCAGUUCGGGUUGCGAUGUAUGGCACCCACUCAUCCCUAACGGAUACCUAACUCGCCAGCAUAGCUACAGUGAGCAGCUGGAAGUCCACCGUGGAGCUAUUGUCCGUCGGACAGCCUCACUCAAGCCCGACGUCCCACCCAAACCGUUGUUCAUCCCUGCUAGCUCGCCUGUCAACCAGGCAGGGAAGUUCAACUACUGAACGACAGAGAAGAAAAGCCUGUGGUUUUUCGUAAAAGGCUACUCGACCUCUCAGAAUUGAUUGUGGUCUAGAACAGUUAAAAGAUUGGACAAAAAAAAAAGUUGCCUUUAUGAGGGAACAAAAAAAAUCCUCUGGAGAUUGGCUGCCAGUGUUGUCGAUUUUACAUUUGAACUAUGACCUGUUUUUCUCUGUUUCAUGAAUAUAUUUGUACCAUAUUGGUAUUGUUCAGCUAUUGGCCAUUAGGAGAAGAGGAGUUACAGGAGUCCACCUAGAUUUAGGCUGCCACAGUGAUAAGUGUGUGUGGCUUUACGGUGUUACUUUGGACUGUCCGGACAGGUGUCACAUAUCCAAAACUCUGGACCUGAACUUUUGUCCGAACAAGUGUACACACCUUGUUUGAUAUUCUGAUCUUUCUUGCGUUGGCUUAACUAUUCUGUUGAUGUAGAGUUGAUGAACUGUGCUCAUCCCAAUUAGAAAUGUGUAUAUAUGCAUGCGUGUGUGCGUGUGCGCGCG